AUGUCCAUCCGAAAUUUCAAUCUGUUUCAAGUGUUCAAGUUCAGUUGGAACAGAUUAUUCAUCAAAAAUAACAAUCUAUUGAGUCUUUCGCAGAAGAAUGUACUCCUGAAUUAUGUUAGGAACAAGAGUUACACUAACCCAACUGGUACUCCAGGAUCUGGUGCCGGGAAAGGCGGUGGCGGUGGUGGGUCCAUCAGAGAAUCUGGUGGUAGUCUAGGCCAAUAUGGUACCGCACAAGAAGAACAAUUUUUCUUUAAUAAACAACGAGAACUGCUUGAAAAAAUAAAAAAGAAACUCAAAGAAGGUAAAAUUGGAGAUGUGAAACAAAAAGAAGAAAAACACGAU